UCGAAAGGAUUCCAUCAUCAUCCAUAAGAUCAUCGCAAACGGUGAGAAUGUGCGACCGGGUGGAUGUGUGCAUGUGUACUGAAUGAGACGGACGGCAGCAGGAGUGUGAAUCAAAGCAUGGGAAAACAGAAUCACCGCUGGCUCCUUCGGAUCAUUUGUGUUCCGACGUUGGAACCGUAAGCACUGUUUACGGAUUCUGUGCUCUUGAAGCUGCUAUUUGGCGUUGGUUUGCUGGAGCUGAGAUUUAGAGUGCCUUGUUGAGUUAGGGUCAAAUUAUUUGCAUGGUUUUCGAUGAUCAAAGUUUUGCUACAUCGGAUGUGUACUUCAGUUGUGGCCGUUGAUGGGUGAUGUGCUGAGUCAAAACCAAUCACACGGGAAAUUGUGUCUGCGGGAAAACGACCGCCGUUCCGAGGCGCCGUCGGUACAAAUAAAAACAAGUAAAAGAAAAGCACGCGUACAAGCGGCGCGUAGUAGAAGGAAAGUGUGGUAAUUGAACCAAAAUAAAUAAAACCCCUGGUGGAUGACCGGGAUGAAACGAUACUGCGCUCGCCUUUUCCUCCCGCUGGAAAAGCAGACCCUAGCUUCGAUCGUUUUAAUGGGAUGUUCGAAACAAUAUUUUGGUUAUUAACCUCCAAUUUCAAGCAGGACCGAAAUCGCAGUCAGUUUAUUCUAUUUAUCGCGGUUUAUGCGCUGGCCCAUCGUGAAUAGUGCCGAUGAUUUAGUGAAAACUCAGAUGUGCGGCGGGAAACUCGUGCCGGUGGUGGUUAAUUUCAGGAAGCAGAUGAAAAGAAAUAUAAACGCGCCAAACUGAACUUCUGCCAUGCCCGGAAGAAGAAAAAUAGCAGCAACAAAACUGAAGCAGUUACACACACGAGAAACGUGAAUGUAUAAUACAUGGCCAGUGUAAAUUUAUUAUUUAUUGAAAAACAUAAAUAAAUCAAAUUGAAACUUCAAUCAUUUCGCGAACGAAAAACGCUGAAUCGAGGAAUAAUUUAAGGAAAUACGAUCGACUUUGUAUUCGGUUUGUGCUUAAUAUCUUCAUUAGUGUACCCGUCGGUGUUUGCCUUCUGCAACAAUAUUUAAACAUUAUCGAGUUUGGAAAAUAAUCGUAAAAAUUUGAGUUCCGAAUUUCAAACAGCACUGGACAGUGUUUGGUGAUUGAAAUUCACCUUUAAAAGGUUCAGUAAAAUCCGCUGCUUUGUUUCAUUGGAUCAGAUAAAACGAUAAGAUGAAUCUGACAAUGAAGCUGCUGAUUCUCUUCUCUUUUCUACUGAUUUAUUCAUCCGGCCAUCGGAUACAACUGUCGGACUCCAUUCUGGACAUCAUCAACACCCGGCAUGUGGAACGGGUCCUGGCGGAGCGCAGGAUGAACGCUUCGCGGGAUGGCAAACGAUACCUGGUGCAGAACGAGCUGAUGGAUGAGGACGCUACGGAGGAUGGUACCGGUGAUCUGUACCAGACGCCCGAGGUAGCGAUCGAUUUCGACUUCAACGGACGGCGGCAGUCUGCAUUGGUAACACCGGCAUUCAAUGAGAGCGGCGGCGGUGGCGUUGGCGGCGGAGGUGGUGGUGGUGGUGGUGGUAACAGUUUUCAGUAUCAGCCCUCGGCGGGAUCCUCCCCGAAUGCGGAUAUUUUGGCUGAUUUACAAGCAUACCGGGGGGACAAGUUGCUUAAAUCCAGCAAGAAUGCACUGGUGGUGACGCGGAAGGAGUACUUGAAGAAGGAUUGGUGCAAAACCGAACCACUGGUACAGCGAAUCCGGGAGGAGGGAUGCCUCAGCCGAACGAUCAUCAAUCGCUUUUGUUACGGACAGUGCAAUUCGUUCUACAUUCCAAAGUCGCCGAGGCGUAGGCGGCAUGGUGGCGGUGGAUCUAAUGCGGCAGGUCGAAACGGUCAUCACGGAGGUCACCAUCACGGCGGAGGCCGACGGGAGGUGGACUUGGAUUUCGAAGAUGAGGAUUUGACGGGGCCAGCGUUUCGCUCGUGUGCUUUCUGUAAGCCGAAAAAGUUUACCUGGAUCACGGUGACGCUGCGGUGCCCCUCGCUGGUGCCACAACUGCGCCGGAAGCGCAUCCAACGCAUCAAGCAGUGCAAAUGCAUUGCCGAGCCAUUGAAUUAGAGUUGUUGUUAUUAUUAUUAUCAUUAUUUUUAUUACUACUAUUAUUAGUGUUGUUGCUGAGGAUGGUACGUGAAAGUGGAAUGCAUAUGCGGUUUUGUUUUGCGAGUGGGAUGUUUGAGGUGCGCGAAAGUGACAGUCUAAAGCCGUGGGAUUAAGAGUAGGUUUUAUUUUGUUUUUUUUUAGGUUUUUAGUUCUGUUUAAUAGCCUUGUUUCGUUUUAAGAUUUGAGAUAUCAUUGAGCUCUUGUGUACUUUGUUAGUUGGAUCAUGAAACACUGGGAACAAUGAACGGUUCGGAACGGACACGGAAAUACUUUUGACAGUACGUUGAUUUGAAAUAUGUGUCAAUAUUCAUUUUUGAUACACGGCACAUACUUGCAAGUUUGAGCAGCAUUGUAGUUUUCAUUAACUGCACUUCGAAUUACGGCUCGUAACAUGAAUUGGCAUGUACAUUUCAGGCAAAACCGCAUAACUCUGAAAAUUCGCAUAAAAAAGUCGCAUAAAAAACCGCAUAAACCUUAGUGUAUACUAAAUUGCGGGCGUUCAAGCGUUAAAAUCGAAACUUGGCCGAGAUAUUGCGCUUAGAAAACAAAUAACAAUUGUCGAAAGCUUGUUUCUAAAUUUUAUCACCUGAGCAAUCUUCAUCUUCGCUUACAAAAACUUACACAGAAAAAAAUUAUGAAUUUUACAGUUGACAUAAUUCUACAAACGAUACAAUUCAUAACUACUUAAUUUGUCAAAUUAUGUAAUAUUCCAUUCGUACAGAAUUUUACAAGCGCCUAGUGUUAUUUGCACUCGGUUACCAAUUGCCGCUUUUUGGAUCAAUUAUUCAUUAGGCAGAUAUGUGCUUCUGUGGCUCAGUCGAUUAACUGGAGUGCUUUGUGAUCUAAUGUUUCUCGGUUCAAGUCGCGCUGUUGCUAUCAAUUUUUUGUUGUUUAUUUCAUUCGAUUUCAAGUCAUAUAAUUGUCAAAUCACACAAUUUUACAUGUUCUUGAAUAUAAAUUUGUGUAAAAUAUGACGCUCGAUUUAUGUGCAUCUUAUAAGAUGUAAACUCACAACAACUUUUGGAACUGUGUAAACUUCUAAAUACUUCGAAUUGGAACUAGUACCGGAUUUUUCGAUAUAACUUGACAAAGGCAAACAAAGUUGGCUUUAAAAAUGUUAUAAUCAUAGAAGACUAAUAAUAAAUUUUUUUUCUAGAAUUAGAGCUUCGGUCGCGAAGUUAUAUGUAGAUAAGUGCCUUCAGGCUCGAAAUAUCACUGCGGGGAGGAAAAAAAAAUGCACUACAGUUUAUUCAACAUGGAAAAAAUCAACAAUUUGAUUCUUCUAUGAAUUCAAAAUAGAUCCUAAAGAACUAUCUGAUAUACUUACUUCCAGUUCUGGUGUCAGUAUUUAAGCAAUGCCUCAUUCUCGAAAACUAAUAUCUUAAAAUUAGCCGAAAAUGGUCAUUUACAUUUAGACGCUGAAAACAAUCGGAAAUAUUGUGUGUAAAUGAUAUUUAAACGCUUGAUUAAUAUAUAACAAGUGUUUUUUAUAUGAAAAAACUCAUGUUAUCUUCAAACUACUGAUUUUGAGAAAUAUAAAAAAUGAUCAGAUUUUUUUUUCAGUGAAAUUGUUUUCGAGUCAAGAUCAAAGUUGAAACAAAAAGAAAAAAACGCAUCACUUAUAAUCUUUCUUGUUGUUUGAUCAAUGAAAACCAGAGCUUGAAAUUGUCACGCAUUCUCAAUGAAAGAAUCCAAUCCAACAGCCUCAUGUUCAAUAUUUUACUGUCUCAUUCGCAAAUGACCGACACCAGAACAAACGAAGAGAGACGAAGCAUUUUUUUUCUCAUUGAAAAUAAGAGAGAUUAAAAUUGCCAACGUCACUCUUUCCUUUAUGACAAGACGAACCCAAACUAACGUCAGCAGAAUUUCAGUUCUUAUUCUUUCAUCGCUGUAUUGAAAAUCUAUGACGCUUGACUAUAAUAUUGACUAGUCACAAAAAUAUGAAAUAUGGAGGUAAUUACACUCCAGAACCUAUUUGGAAACCAAAACUACUACAGAUUCGAGUACCAGCAGGCAAAGGUCAUUGUGAGACUUUUUUCUGUCAUUUUUGAUUCUCAAAGCUUCGGUUGAAUAUCGGCACUGCAUGCUAUGGGAUUUUCACUGAAAGCCGCAAACGACUGAAAGGGCAAAUGAAAGAAAGAACACAAUUUUGAAACUACUGUUCCGCUUAUGUCAUUGACUGGACAUGGAUUUCGUUCUCAUAGUUUGCCAGCGAAGCUAAGAGUGACAUUAAUGUCUCUUCAUUUUCGUCUAUUUUGAGUCAAUGAAAAUGACUUUCAAUAGCUCUACUGAAAACAAUUCACAAAUUUGAAAAUGUUGGCACUCGUGCGCACACAAACUGAGUGAAUGCUCUUCUUCACAGUUCGAAAAAAUCUUGUGAUUUUAAAUCUUAUAACAAGCACAUAAAUGGAGCGUCGUAUUUCUUACAAAUUUACAUUCAAGAACAUGUAAACUUGUGUGAUUUGAAAAUUACAUGACUUGAAAUCGAAGGAAAAAAAAACGAUAGCAAUGGCGCGACUUGAACUGAGAAACAUUGGAUCACAGAGCAUUCCAGUUAAUUGGAGCCACUAGCUGUCGGAUGAAUAAUUAAUACAUAUAACCAUACAGCAGCACUUGGUAGUCGAGUGCAAAUUACACUCGGAGCUUGUAAAAUUCUGUAUGAACGGAAUAUUGCGUCAUUUGACAAGUUAAGUAAUUAUGAUUUGUAUCGUUUAUAGAAUUAUGUGAUCUGUAAAAUUCAUCUUUUUAUUUGCUGUAGAUUUUUGAGCAAUUUGUCCUAGUUUGGCACCGAAAGAACAGCUAUUUUCAAGUUUUCUUUAUCAAGAUGUGCUUUUUUCCGCUUAUAAGUGCAAUCGAUUUUUCUGAAAACAAUUUAAUUCAAUUAGUAUUGACAUCUGUUUUGUUGAUACGUCCCAAUAAUAGUGUAGAGCUACAUAAAAUCAACAAUUAUUGUAAAAAAUCCAGCAUCAAUUCACGGCUUAGACCGAAUCUAUCAGCCACUUUAACCAAAAAGUGGCAAUUUUCGCCGCAACGUAAAAUGGUUCAGCCAGAGAUCAUCAUUCCAUAAAGUGGAAUUAAAUUUUCAGAUUCAGAUAGUUUCUUUCUACAAUACCGAAACUUGAACCAAAUUGAUCAACGGAAUCAUUUAAUUUUCUGCUCUUGAAGUUGGAAGUGCUGUUUUUGUUUUUGCGCGCAAAAAUUUAACGAUAGAUAACAAUCAAUCAAAACCCGAUUCCAUGAUGCAGAUUUAACUAGUUCAGAACUAUUUCUGGUGGUAGAGCUAUCAAGUUCUGAGCAGUUCUUUGGAAUGAUUAGCAUUGGAGAAAAAUACAAUGAAAAGUGGACAACGGUGGGGAACAUUAUUCAAAAUCAGCCCGUCUAAUGGCUCUAAAUGUUAUCUAAAGAAUUACAAUAAUUACUUCUUUGAAAUUGAAGGUAAAAAUCAUCAGCCUAAUGCAAAUCUAGAAUAAUUUGAUUAGCUUUGUGCAGUUUUCGCAGUGCGGAAUUCGCCCAAACGAAUAAAAAUAAAGCCAGCAUUUGGCGUUGAAGAAAAAUUCUCAAACGCUCGGGUAGGGAUUUUCAUCGAAUUUAUUUUUUCAAAAAAUCAUAACUCUUGAUACCGUUGACCAAUUUUCAUGCGUCCAGUGUCAAAAAAAAAAAACAGAUUUUCUUCUAGUCCAUGCUGACUCGUACGGUACCGCAGCGGUGUAAAAACACCGGAGUUAUUCCAGAUCGCGUUGGGGUAUGUCUGUUCUGCCGUUAGAAGUUUUUGAUACAUAAAAUUUUAUAUAAGUAUGGAAUUAAUAAGGAAAUUGUAUAAAAUGUGUCCAAUUCCGGUAAAUCCGGAUUGUGGUCCCAUAGAAUUGUGCUUGAAAUUUGACAUGGCAUUUCAUCUCAGGACUUUUCAAGUUGUUAAAAGACUUUCAAAACUAAUUUGGGAACUCCAGUUCAGUUGAUCUGCAUAUAUUCGAGAUUUUGAUGUAAAUUCAAAGUACUUUCCACUUAGAGCUGUUUGAUCAACUGCCUUUUGCCACCUUUAUAACAUACUUCUAACAGCAGAACAGACAUACCCCAACGCGAUUUGGAAUAACUCCGGUGUUUUUGGACCGCUGCGGUUCCGUAUGAGUCAGCAUGGACUACAAGAAAAUCUGUUUUUUUAACACUGGACGCAUCGAAAAUGAUAAACGGUAUCAAGAGUUAUGAUUUUUUGAAAAAAUAAAUUCGUAGAAAAUCCUACCCGAGCGUUUGAGUGUUAAUAUCGCAGUUAAAUCCACAAUGCGGAAUCCACUCUUCUGAAAGCCAGAAAUGAGUCCAGUACAACAUUUUGAUAGUUUCUUUCGUCGAAAUAUUCAAAUCCGUAAUGAAAAAAUCAAGAAUGAGUGAACUGGAGUUCUUUUUAAAUAAUGUUACAUACCAAAUCAUAUUUACGGAUGUCGGUAAAAUUGUACUGAUUUUCAAACAGCAGAACAGUCAGUCUGUUCGUUUUACUGAAUUACUUGUAAAAUUCAUAUCAACAAUGAACUGUCAAAAUUUACUGAUUGGUUCAUCACUUGAUACCGAAGUUUGAUGAGUUUUGCGAAUAAAUCGGAAUAAAUUUUGGAAAUAUUGAAUAUUAGAAAACUUUCUAUUUGAUUUGAAUAAUACAAUUAAUAAGAAUCAGCGUGAAAAAAACUCAGAUUUUUCUAAUGGUAGUUUAGAUUAAUUAAUGGUAUUUACAUGUGAGAUAAAACUAUAUUGAAUUAUUUAGGACGUCGCAUAAAUGAGACAUCCGGCAGAAGAAAGUUACGUUUAAUGUGCUGUACGAGCCCUUCAACAUAAACCGGAACUUUUUUCCGGCAAAAAAGCAGAUGAUAUACUACGACGGAAACUUGCGUAUCUUGCUAAAACGUGAGAAAACUUAUGAAGGAUUAUAAAUAUACUUACUCAACAGAUCCUUCACCUCUUCAUCCCCGAGCAAGUCUAAAAUAUUGUCCAUUAUCCGGGCAAAAUAUUUUUAACUCACUGAAAACACCGAUAAUUUUUUUUCUAACAACAAAAUGGCGCGAUUCAACAGGUUUUCUUUUCACCGAAAGCGUUCAGUAAAAAUCACUGAAGCUCAGCACUGUUUACAUAUUUUUCCGUGUUGAUUUACUUACUACUGAAAAUCGGAGCAAUUUUUACUGAAUAGUGUAGAUGCGAUGACGUUUCAUUGUUUAUAAAAUACGUCAGUAAAAAAGAUACUACUUUUCAGCAAAGUUAUCGUGUGAAUUACCGACAACUGGUGAAUGUUUUACCGAAGUCGGUAAAAUGGAAUAAAUUUACAUUAUUUUUUGUUGUAAAAAUAAAUUUUACAUAUCAAAACUGUAGAAAAAAACGUGCUUAAUCCACCUAUCAGUGAGAUGAUACCUUUUUUUUAUCAAUCCGCAUGUGUUUUUUUCAUGAAUAUUCUUCGGUUUUCAUGACAUUAUUUUAAUGACCGUCGUUUUAAGCUGCAAUUUAACAUUUUAAUCACUCAUUACUCUAUCUAAAAAGGUUACAAUCGAUUAAACUUUUCAUGAUAUGUCGAAGUGAGUUCCACUUUAGAAUUUACGGUAAUUUAAGGUACUUCCAGAGCCGGUAUUCAGGAACCAGCAUAAACCAAACCGAUUCGUAUGGCCAUAUGACGAAUAAAUUGCAAUAGUUUUGAGUCCAACUUUGAAACUUUUCGGGAUUAUCAUCUUCUAUAUCGGUUUGAAUUUUAAAAAUUCAUCCUCCUGUAAUUCCAGAAUCGGAAGUCAGCAUUGAAUAAAAUUAAUUAAUUUUGUGUGGGACUAUAAGUUUAUUUUAAUUUGAAUUUUUUCUGAAAUUCGAUUUGGCUUUAUUUGAGAAAACGAUUGAGCUUUGAGAAACGAUUCGAUACUGGAGCCGGAAUUCAAAAAUCGGUGUAGCCGAAGUCAGACAAAUUCACCUGAUUAGUUUACAUUUGUUUCAAUAUGUUUGAAAAUCAGUAUAGACAUCUUUGAGAAAUCGUAGUACGAGUGAAAUUGUUGAGUGCCUUCCGAAUCGAAAACUGAAUACCACUAAAACUGAAAUAAGUUUAUUUGGUUGUCGACUAUUCAAAUCAGCAAAUCUUAGAUGAUUCUUAGAUAUCAUUUGAAUCUUAGAUCGGUUCAGCCAUCUACGAGGAAAAUAAGUUACACAAUUUUAAUUUCGUUUCAUAUAUCAUCCUGUAGUUCCGGAACCAGAGGUCGGAACCAAACAUAAUGCAGGAAUUUUGUUUGGGAGCAUACGACUUUUCGUAUAAAUCUGAAUUUGUAGAAAAGAAAUUUUCCGAGAAAAUUAGGUGAAAUUAUUUGUCACACACGCAUUUGCUGAUCUCGACGAACUGAUUCGAAUGGUAUAUGGUUGUUAUGUUGUUCCAGCAUUUAUUGCUGUAAGUAGUUUAAAACAAUAUAAUUAUGAAAUUGUUCAGAAUUCGGAAGUACUGCCAUCUUUCCAAUAUGUCAUAUUCGAACGAUGUUGCCAAAAACGAACCGUGCUAAAAUUGGUCCGAGGCAAAAUGUCAUGAAAAAUAAUGCUGUUCACAGUCUUUUUGGUACUUAGAAACUAUUGUAUGUAACAGUAUAAAAAAUCGUGUUUUACGUUGCUCCCAAGCCUUUCUUUGCCAUACAGCGCUCAGAACUUCUACUGCUGGAAUAUGGGGGAAAAGUCGCUUACACAAAAAAUUCGAUAUCUCCGUUAAAAAUGGACGGAUUUUAACAAUCUAUGGCUUGUUGGAUAGCUAUUACCGUGCGGAAUCUACGUCUGAAAACAUAUUCUGUUUUCAAGGUCAAUUGUGACAGAUACUGUCAAAAAACUGAAAAUUUUGACAUAAAACUUCGUAUAACUCAAAAAGUAAACAUCCGAUCUCAAAACCAUUCAAUAGCGUUCUGGGUGACGGGGAGACCUUUCAUUCGCGACUAGUUUGAUAAAAAUCGGUCCAGCCAUCUCUGAGAUCUCGACCUCUUAGUUGACAACACACAUACAGACACACACACAUACACACACACACACACACAGACAUUUGCUCAGUUCGUCGAGCUGAAUCGAUUGGUAUAUGACAUUCGGCCCUCCGGGCCUCGGAAAUUUUUUCGAAAGUUUGAGCGAAUUCUAUACCUAUUUUUUAUAUAUAUAAAAAAAGGUAAAAACCGGACAUCAAGUUUGAUGUGUAGUUCUCUAUUCGUUUCAAUAGAAAUGGAAGUAAUCGAAUUUUUCGUGGAUGUACACAAAUUAGCUGCGUGUAACGGAAUGGUUGCUGGUUCGAGGAAGUUCUAGUAGAAAAUGCAUGCAUUCGCGACCUUGGAAAAUGUAUACAAAAGAGAAUGAAUAUUGGUAGAAACACAUGCAAAACUUACCUUACCUAACAGCUAUAGUCCUGGGGUGUCCUUUGCUGUAUCAAGCAUACGUCUUCACAUAACUCGGUCCAUGGCUGCUCGUCACCAGCCACUCAAGGCACGGAUGCUUCUGAGAUCACCCUCCACUUGAUCGAUCCACCUUGCUCGCUGCACUCCUCUUCUUCUUGUACCAGUCGGAUUAGAUUCAAGAACCAUUUUCACUGGGCUGUCGUUCGACAUCCUUAUGACAUGCCCAGCCCAUCGUAGACGUCCGAUUUUAGCUGUCCGUACGAUAGGUGGUUCCCCUAGCAGCUGUUGCAAUUCGUGAUUCAUACGCCGUCUCCACGUUCCGUCUUCCAUCUGCACUCCGUCCUAGAUGGUACUCAGUACCUUUCUUUCGAAAACACUGAGGGCGCGUUGGUCCUCUGCCAACAUAGUCCAGGUCUCGUGGCGAAAGAGAACCACCGGUCUAAUGAGCGUUUUGUAGAUGGUCAAUUUCGUGCGAUGGCGUACUUUCUCGGUCGAAGGGUUUUUCUGAGUCCAAACUACGCACGAUUACCUGUCUAUGAAUUUCUCUACUGGUAUCAUUAUCGGCGGUCAUCAAUGAGCCCAAAUACACGAACUCGUCAACCACUUCGAUAUCGCCACCGUCUAUUAAUAUUCGUGGUGGAAGGCGUAGUGUUUCUUCUGUAGAGCCUCUUCCUCUCAUGUAUUUUGUUUUUGACGCAUUUAUGGCCAGUCCGAUACGCCUAGCUUUAGUUUUCAGUCCGAUGUAGGUUUCCGUCAUCUUCUCAGCCGAAAAGUUGUACGGACUUUCGGAAGAUCGUGCCACUCGUGUCGAUCCUCGCUCUUCGCAUCACACCUUGAAAGGGCAAUAUUCAACAAGAUACAAGAGAGUCCAUCAUCUUGCCGUAGCCCUCUCCGAGAUUCGAAGGGACUCGAAAGCGUCCCAGAUACUCGGACGUAGCACAUCACUAUAUCCAUCGUUGCUUUGACCAAUCGUCAGUUUAUUCGGGAAACCGUAUUCGUGCAUUAUCUGCCAUAGCUGUUCUCGAUCGAUUGUGUCGUAUGCCGCUUUGAAGUCAAUGAAUAGGUGAUGCGUGGGUACGUUGUAUUCACGACACUUCUGGAGUACUUGUCUUAUCGCGAAUAUGUGAUCCGUAGUGGCGCGGACUCUCGUAAAUCCCGCUUGGACGACUGACAGUGCAAAAAGUACUCACUAUUAUUGGAUUUAUUUACUACCAAAUAUUAUUUGUGAUUCUCAUAUUAUUUUCGAAGAAACAUACAAAGUUUCAGAACUACGAACGAACGGUUGAACAGAACUAGUUCUUUCGGUAGAACUAUCAUGUUCUGAGCGGUUUUUUUUAAACGAACGGUUUUGCUCAUCUCUAGUUGUUCUACAAUUUCAUUGUCAGUGAUCAACAGUGAGUCUAUCAAUAUUUGUGGUGAAAGGUAUACUAUUUCUACGUAAAAGCUUAAUCUUUUCUCGAAUUUCGUCUUCGAUGAAUUGAUAGUCAGCUAGAUGUUCCUGGUUUCGACCGUCUGUCCGGUGUAUGAUUCCAUCAUCAUCUCAAAGUUACGUGUCUCAGUCAGUGCGGUAAAAUUUCAGUUUCAAUCGAAUAAUAUCAGAUAAAAAUCAAAUUUUUACGGCCACUGACCGUUAAUAUAUCGAUACAAAUUCAAUUUGCUGCCAUUUUCAAGUGAAGCUCCCAGAAUUCAUCGUCAGUUGAAUAAUCAUACCUAGUCAUUUGAAGUUUUGCUUGCUCAGUUUCAAGUGCCAAAUUCAUUGUCUUCGCUGUUGGUAGUGAGCAAGUUCGGAUGAAUAUAAUUAUAAAUAGAGUGAAGUAUUGAAAAUGAAAACUGAAGGAGAAAAUUAUUAAUUUAUGUGUAUUAUGUAAUUGAUAUUUCAGCUAUCUGGUCUGUCUUUCAUCUAUUAUCUUGAACCAAUUCGAAUGUUUACAUAAACCUCAUUUGAAGGCCGCUCUCACACUAUUGAAUAAGAUAUUUUGUUACUUCAAGACAUCAACUGACGGUGGUUAAACUGAGCUUUGUUUUGAAGAGAAUCGAUUGAAGAUCUGAAUGCUGCCCGUUAGGUACGUCAACGAACGUUGUGUGUGUCAGAAUCUGAAGUUUACUGCAGUAGAGAGAUCGUCAAUGUGUUUCACAUUCGGUUUCAAUUGAAUUGAAUGAUUUUUUACUGCACUGCUCUCAGUAUCAACUUCUUCCGAGAACCCAGUCAUAUCACACGAAAUAUUUUCAUGAUUUGCCAUACUGAAGAUACGAAUGAAAUUUCAUAUAAAUCGCAUGUUUAGAAUUGCUUAAAAUGCAUAAAAAAUUGAACGCUAGACCAUAUUCCGCUGAAACAGAAAGAACAUAUUAGAAUUUCAAUAUUCCAGCAAUUUUGUCUCAUCCAAAAGUUCGCUGGAAUGGAGCAAAUGGCUGUUAUCAAGUUGCACUUCAUAGCGUUCGGUGCAGCUUCACAAAACAUUCAAACAUCUCAUCGCGCAACAUCGGUGCUGAUUCAUAGUCCACCGGAACAGAAGCUACUCCCAGGCACUCCCUCGUCUCGAAUGAGCACCAAAAUCAACACAACGCACAGAUUUAUCGGAUUAGUGGCAUCGAAUGUCGCAUUACAAUAAUCAAUCGUUUGCCAUUCGUUAGCGGAUUAUCUCUCCGAAUUGGAGCUAGCGUAGCGUACAUAUGAUAGCACGAAUUUUGCCGCCAUCUUAUUGGCAAAUAUUUAAUGCGCAUGCAAACAGGUGCUAAUCAAUCGGUGAGUCACGCUCCAAAGUCGCAGCCGUCGCUCGGUUGUCUGCUGCGGAACGCCGAAAACUCGAUAGGCAACCUGAUUCCUGGCACCAUUUUCAUUCCGUCAACACUCCGUCGGAUGGCUGGCAGCCUGCUCAAGGCGCACACGGCUAGCCCGAGGAUGAGAUAAUGCCUUUGCCAGCCAGAUGUGACAGUCACUCGCGUUAUUGAAUAAAUUAUAGACCCCCCCGAUCAAGGGGUGUAAAUUAUUGAACACAGUUUAUUUUUAUAUUGAGUUUUGAAAUUUUCGGAAACAAAACACUCCGAACGCGCGCGAGGAAAGCUCCGGACACGCAACAAACGACGACCACGACCAGCAGACCAGCCCCCAAGGCUGAGAGGAUAUCUGCACAAGUGACUCAUCCGUGCCGGUCGGCUCUACUCGAACAGGUUAUGGACAAUAAUGACCAUAGUCGCAUGUGCUGGACUGGCGUUGCCAAAAAAAAAAACGAAUGUUGUGAGGUUUUAAAAAUUAUCAAUAAAAACCGUCGCUUACGGACAACUGCGCCGGUGUUGUGAAUUAAUUUUUGCACGCCCGACCUCACGACGCUUUUUGAGACUUUAUGGCACUAUCGCGCGGAGAACGAUGAGUCAAACCACGGUAAAAGAUGUCAUCGCGGGUGGAUUAGUUUGCGGGUGGUUCUGCUUCUUGUAUGUACAACUUUGUAUAUGGAAGGUGUGAUGGACAGCUGAGCUUGAGCUUCGCCUGCCGGCAGUCGCACUUUCACGGGGCGAUUCACGUUUCAGGUUUAGUUCCAUCGGAUGUUCUAAAAAUAAUUUUGGUGUUAUCGAAGCUAUGCUAAUUUUUGAGUCAACUCUUGUUCUACUAAUUCAUUGAGUUCGAAUGCUUUCAGGACUGUUCCGACUGUUCAUCCUACCCUUAUUUUUUUUUUGGUUCGUUGAUCCAAUCUAUUACACAAACAACCAAGCACGCGUGUUUUUGGGAUCGUAGAGAAACCAGUAACACUCAUGCGAUCGUAUCCACCUUCAAUGAUAAGAGAUAACGUAUUUAUUAUAAAAUUGCCUGCGUGCGAUCCCGUAUAAAGUAGCAAUAGGAAGAUAGUCGAACAUUAUUUUUGUAAAAAGAGAAAUCAAACAAUGAAAUAAAACAAAAACUUUUUCGAGCGAAAACUAUAAUCAAUCACGAACACAAAAGCUGAGAUUAACGAAUACUUGGUGGCCAUUAGAAUAACCAAUUUAACUGGUAGAACACAUCCCGUCCAUUAAAGGGACGGGAUCCUUAGCUGGUAGGAACGAAAACGAUGCUUUAAAAUCAUUCUCUUGUUUCUAAGCGUUAAACAUAGGCAUUUCAUGUUGCACAAUAAUUUCCGCUGUGGACGGUCAGCUUCAUGCAUAACUAAAAUUAAUCGUUAUUUAUUAAACAAAUGGAAAAGCUCUAAAACGAAUGUUCCUAUUAAAAUGUAAAUUUAAGCGAGGAGUGAAUAGAGUUUACUCAGUUUGUAAUUUAUUUGUAAUGAUUUUAAUUUCAUUAAACCGUAGACCCUUUUUGAAUGUAGCAACAAAACAACCAGUGGAGCAUAUUUUUAGUUCGUAAGCAUACUUUGGUUGCUAGCCAAACCUGACCAUAAUUACAAAUUACGAAAGGUGUGAUCUAUUAAAAAUCGUAGACAAUGACUAAGUUGAUUUUGUAAAGAAAAAAAAUUGUGCUUUGUAAUCGUUCAUGUACUUCUCUCCAAGCCAGUAUAUGCAAAAGAACGAGAACACAGGAUUAGUAAUGGAAAGAAAAAAAAAGUAGAAUAAAAGCUCUCAGUAC